AUGCGUUUCGCUGCCCUGCUUGCUCUCUCCGGCGCCAUCGCCUCCGUCUCUGCUGGCACCAUCCUUCGUCGCCAGUUCCCCAGCUGCGCGACGCCCUGCCUCGCGAACGCCAACUUCGGCAGUUGCAACGAGAGCGACGACACCUGUCUCUGCAACAGCUCCCAGUUUGUCGACAGCGUCACCACAUGCAUCAUGUCCUCCUGCAACGGCAGCGACCUCACCACGGCCGAGCAGGACGCUCAGCAGCUCUGCCUCGCCGUCGGUGUUACUUUGACCGCGACUCCCUCGGGCAGCGCUACGGGUAGUGCAACUCCGUCCGCUACCGCCCCCAGCAGCUCCAGCGCUGCGAGCGCGUCUUCGUCCGCGCACUCCUCGUCCUCCGCGUCCUCGUCCGCGUCUUCGUCGAGCUCCGCCCCCUCGGCGACGCACUCGAGCGGUGCGCUGUCGCACGGCGUCCCCGCCCUCGCGGCUCUCGCAGCCGUCGGCGCUGUCGCUUUUGCCCUUUGA